AUGAGAGCAACUGAGGCGGCAGCGACAGCAGGAGGAAAGGGAGCAAUGGGCCUCAAAGCGAGCGAGGUGGUAUACCACCCGCCCUUCAGCAGCUACAGGCACCAGGCUGACGUGGCAGCCCAGGAGGAGGAGGCGAGUCUGAGGGAGCUGGAGCAGCAGCUGGAGAGGGAGAGGAGGAGGAGGGAGGAGGAGGAUGAGGAAGACUUGUUGACAGUGGCUGGUGAGAGGGGAGUGAGGGAGGUGAGAGUGAGGGAGGGCGAGUGGGAGGAGGGAGGUGCUUGGAUGGUGAAGAUGCCCGGAAGGGGAGAGUCGAGGAGGCUGGAGGAACUCUGUGAGAAAGUGGUUGGAAUGAGUGCUGCUGGGGUGGGGAUGGGGUUGGAUGGGGUGGAGAUGUGUUUGGAGUUGGAAAGAGGGGUGGUGAGCAUUGGGCCUAACACGAGGCAGGAGAGGCGGGCGAGGAAGCAGCAGGAGCAGAUGGAGCAGCAGGAGCAGAUAGGUGCGUGUGUGAAACAAGAUGUGGGAAUGGAAGCAGCAGCGGCGCCACCCAUGCGACGGCCCCGCACUGACACGAGGCAGGAGAGGCAGGCAAGAAAGCAGCAGGAGCAGAGGGAGCAGUUGGAGUAG